AUGGCCGGUAGAUUUGUCAGAGAAAGCAAGCUCCGAAAUGUUUUCGGGAAGGAAUUCAAAAAGGACCAGUGCUUCGAAUCGAUUCGAGUGACCAAAAAUAACAACGCGCAGCUGAUCUGCGCUGUCAAUCCGAAGUUAGUGGCAGUGGUCACAGAUAAGGGCGGUGGAAACUCCCUGCUUGUACUGCCCCACAGCAAGACUGGCCGUAUUGCAACAGAUCCACCACAGCUAAGUCAAGGAGCAGCUAUCAUUGAUAUUGCAUGGUCCCCUUUCAAUGACAACUUGAUUGCCUCAAGCGAUGAGAAUGGUUUCGUCAACUUCUGGGUGAUUUCAGAUGAAGGAGUGACUGAAAACUGUGAAGAGCCAUCACUUUCAAUGAAAGCACAUGAAAAGCGUUGCUCUAUGAUCCGAUGGCAUCCCUUGGCAGAGAAUGUACUCCUCACUGCAGGCAUGGACUCGAGAGUGUGUGUAUGGAAUAUGGAUGAUGCAAGUAUCAUUGUGGAUAUAAAAACUACAGAUGUUGUACAGGAUCUAUGCUGGAGCCCUGAUGGAAAAAAAUUUGCUACCGCCAGCAAAGACAAGAAGAUCCGCAUCUACAAUGGAAGGACUGGCCAGUUAGAACAGGAACUUGCAGGCCAUGAUUCUCCACGUGAAAUGCGCAUCAGUCUUUUGAAGGAUAAUAAACUACUGACAACAGGCUUCACCAGGGAAAGCAGGAGAGAAUACAAGUUAAUGAAGUUGAAAGACCAUGGUGAACCUGAAUGCUUACUACAGGACCAGUUAGACCAAACCAACGCUCCCCUUUAUAUUUUUGCUGACCCAGACUUAAACAUUGUUUAUCUUGUUGGAAAGGGAGACAGUGUGUUCAGGUACUAUGAGGUGAAUGAUGAGGAGCCUUACUUUCAUUAUAUCAGCACACACCAGUCCAAAACUGCUCAGAGGGGGAUGGGAUUUAUGCCCAAGAGAGGAUUAAACGUUAAUGCCUGUGAGAUUGCUAGGAUGUAUAAAGUGAGCCUCUCAUCUAGUGGAUCUGUGGGAACUGUUGAGCCUAUUUCCAUGAUUGUUCCAAGGAAGAGUGAACUGUACCAAGAAGACAUCUACCCUGAUACUUUAGCCAAUGAAUAUGCAGUUCAAGCCUGUGAGUGGCUCGAAGGUAAAGAUGGCACACCGAAGUACAUGUCCAUGCAGCAAUUUUUCAAAGAAAAGGAAAGCUCUACCUCAAGCAGGGGAGGUGGCCUUGGUGGCCUUGGUGGCCUCAAAAAGGGUGGAUUGAAAUCGACAACCCCAGCAGCUAGUGCUCCUGCUAAGAAAGAAGAACCCAAAGCAGCUCCCAUAAGCUCUGUGAGACCACCCGUUUCCAGUUCUAAUACUGUAGAGAAUGAGAAUAAAGCAGAACCCGUUCCUGUGGACACACCAGCGGUAAAAGCUGCCCCUUCUGCUAAACCCCAAGAAACCAAGCCAGAACCUGAAACCAAGGUGGAGAAGAAGCCAGAUCCGACACCCCCAGCUUCCCAACCACCUCCUUCACCUAAGGCCCCUGCUCCCAAAGCACAGAGCAAAGAUUCAUCAGAGUCCCAGACAAAGACCAAAGAAUUGACCACACCCAAAGGAGGAAAGGCGCCACCACCACCUGUAAUGGAUGGCAAGAUGUUUGUCUCAGAUAUCCUUCUUGAUAUUCGUAAUCUUAGAAACACUGUCAGCAGACACGAAGCCAGUAUCGAGGCCCUGGAGGAACUUCAAUUAAGCCAAAGCCAGGAGAUGAAGGAUCUAGUUGCAGAGGUGGCCAGACUGAAGUCAACUGUCGAAGAACAAGAGAAGCGCAUUGCUGCCUUGGAAGCCAGAAAUUAAAUAAAAACGACAGAGAGAGAAAUUAUGUCCAGAGAAUGUCAAAAUACAUUUCCAGGUUGAGUUUUUGGAGUAUGUAAAAGAGACGUUAUUGUUAGGAGCCACUUUAUUAUUAUAUUUUAAUUAUUGUUUAAAAAUCAUGAUUGGAUUGGAUAGAAACGAUGCAUACAUUUAUGUAUAAAUUAAUGCUUAUAUACAAUGUAUAUAUCCAUAAAUAGUGGCGAUGGCAUAUUUCUCAAGGUAAUCUUGCUGAGUGCCAUUGUCCAUGUUAAAAAGUGAUACCAUACCAGUCUUGACUACAUGGGGUAGUUUUCUGCUUAUAAUUUGGCUCCAGUAGUAGUGUGUGCUUAGGUAACAUGUUUUUCUAUGAAGCAAUUUCUUCCCUCAUGUUUAUACUCUGUGCUAUACCACAAUCAUAGUUUCCAUGAGAUUAUUUACUGCAAGUGUAAUAAGUAAAAUAGGUUUAGUAUUUGAUAUUUUAAGGAAAACUUGCCCAUCCAAGAUCUGUUAAAAUCCUUGUGUGUGCCUGGAUGUAGCUUUUACAAUAAAUGAACUCUCCAUACGUGGCCUGUUAUCUCACACAUGUACAUAGUGCCUUAGUUACAGUGUAUGGUUAAUAUGGUAAGCAACAAAGCGCUUUCUUAAAAGUCACCAAUGUGAAUCAGUGACCGGUUUCUUCUGUAACAUGAAAAAUUAACUAGAAAUUUAUAACGGAGUACUAAGUUACACCUUGUUUUGAGCGCAAUAUUUAUUGGAAAAUUCAACAUAGAUAACACUCAAGUGUGAAAGUAUAACGCCACAUCAGUCCAACAAAAUAGAGCAUCAAUGUCACAGUGGCAGUUUCAAGUUUAAUAUUAGUGUUGACAGGCAGUGUUUCUCUUUACACCAUUCAGAACACUGUUCAUGAAAUAAAACCUGUGUGGGGAUUAAUUUCACUGAUCUUACCAGGUGUUAAGCUUUUUAUAUGAAUGCUAUCUAUUUGUGUAAUCCCAUUAUGCUGUAGCAAGGUUAGGCAAUUUUAUUCAUACUCUCAAAACCAAUGCAAACACCAAAGUUACACAUUAUGUGUUUCAUCAGAUAAGAAACAUCAAAAAUUUAUUCUUACAAAUGUGAAGAGGGAAAAUAUAUUUAUGAUUUUUGUACUACCGAUAUUGAUAGUUUGGAUAUCAUAUUCCAACUGAAGAGGACAAAAUGUGCUUUUAAUGAAAGGUAUGGUGUCAUUGAAACUCAGUUCUAAAACAAUGAAAUAUUACCAAAGAACAUUGCUUAAAGCAAAGUUAAAUUAUGAAUAAGUGUAAACAACAAUAGAGCAUGUUCCAUUGUUUGACGAGGUAUAUUGGUAGUUCACUAGAUUUGCAUGCCAGACUUUAGGUUUAGAAACGACAGAUUUAUUUCUGCAGCAGUUAGUUUUUGAAGUCAUACAUUUCUCGUCACUUUAGUGUAGAUUUACUGAUUAUAGGAUAAAUGUGGCACACGUGGAAAGUUCUCCACUAAAGUAAGCAUAAAUCAGCAAGUACAGAUAUUGUUGUACCUGUAUCUAGAAGAUGUAGAUCUUCAUUUAAAUUGUCUUAAUACUUAAACUAUUUAGAAAAAGAUAUGAUGGAAUAAGCUAUUAAACAUUACACUCUUGCACAAUUAAAAAAGUAGAGCUUGUCAGUGGAAAAUGCACUCUUUAAUACCAAUACAUGCUCUUGUGAGCUGGUUGGGUUUUUAUGGAUAUGUCGUAGAAGAAUCUGUACCACACCAGAAAUGUUGUUAAUGUUUUAUAUUUUCUUGGCAUUCUUGAGCUUCCAUUAUUUCCAGAUGUAAUCAUGUCUCUUUUUCUCAGUUAAACUUCCUACAGAAUUUCUUCGCCCACUCUAUUCUGGCUUGAAAUAUGUUUUAGGGACCAAGGUCCUGUUUUGUGAAACUGUUUAGGUGAAGCAAAUUACAGUAACUGUUGAAAGCUACUGAAAUCAUGGUUUGUGAUUGGCCGAGAGCAGAUUAAAUAUUGAUUAUUAAAGUUUCAAGAAACAUGGCGUAGGAAUAAGAACAGAAUGUGUUCUCCCUAUCAUAAGACUUAUGAUGUAGUAAAGUUUAUUUUCCUUAACUUGUUUGGAAUAUAACCAUUAAUAUCAAUUCAAUCUGAUUGAAUGUGUGGACUCACUGUUACAUCUCAAAUUAGCAGCAAUCAUAUAUUUCAAACUGUGGUAUGGGAAGCUCAACUUAGUGGACCAUAGCUCUGAGUGAUUUCAGCAAAUUUAAAAUCACUCACUCUGUGUAUGUUAUGGUUUGCCUCAAUAAUGGAUCUGCCAUGUCCUCAGAAUAAGGAAACUUGUUUUAUCUUGAUGGAGAGCGACACCUAAUUGAAUAGAUUUUGUCACUUCAAAUUACCAAAUCUCAAUGUAUAUCGAAUUUAAUUCUAAGAAUGAUAUUUGUAGUGUAUAUCCAUUUUUGUAUAAAAAGAUAAGUAUUAUAACAUUGGUACAGUUCAUUUAGAAAUACAAUAUAUGUUUUAGUAUUUUUUAUUUCAAACAAAUCUUUUUUUCAGGAAAAGGCAAUAAUGUUAUUAAUGAGAUUAAUGAAUGAAAUAAUUUUUGUUCUUCAUUUGCUUUUUACAAGGCAAAAUUGUCAACCUUAUAUUUGUUUAAUGUAGAUGAGUAUCAUUCUAAUGUGUAGAAUGUAUGAAACUUCUUUUUAUUCAGUAUUUGGCUAAAAAAGCCAUGUUUUUUUCUAGAAACAUGAUCAUAUUUCAUUAGAAUUUGAAUGGUGAAUAUGAUAGCUUGCUCUCUCUUUACCAAAUAAUUUUUAUUUUCUCAUGUAGGAACAUAAUAUUCUUUAAGAUAUAAAUGUAUAUCAAUUAUUUUAAAUUACUAUAUGUAGUGUACUUUGUUAUAUGGUUUGGGAUUAUUUCAUUGCCAUUUGGUCCAAGCACCUCUAGUCUGGUGUGAUGGUAUCCAUCCUAUUACAAUUUUAUUUUACCUGUUCGUCAAGCGCUCCAGUGAAAACUACAGGCCCUAUAAGACCAAAAAAUGUAAUAGCCAACAGAUAUUUUAUGGACAAAUACAGCCAUUAGGAGGAAAUAUUUAUUUUGACUUGGCAAUACACAGAAUGUGUGAAAAGCACAUUUGAGAAAUGGAAUUAAUGCAGUGAGAUUGUACCAAAUGGCAAUUUUUCAGAGGGAUUUAUUUAACCAAAUGGGUAAUUUCAUCGAAAAUUUUAGAGUGAAAAUGUAUGAUUGGGUACUGGACAAUAAAAUCCAAUUUAAAAGACA